AUGGCUAGUGAUUUGAACAACAGUUCGGUUUCAGAAGGAAUUGCAGAGUUGUAUUUGAAUAGUGAUUUGGCCAACAUUAAAUUCGAAUUCAACAAAGAUGAUAAUGCUGAGUUUGUGCCCGCGCAUAAAAGCAUUUUGGCGAUAGCGAGUCCAGUGUUCCUUACACUAACAUUGGAACACAUUGAAGAGGUUGCUCUUCUGGCCGAUAAGUAUGAUGCGCCUGAAAGUGUCAACAAAUGUGCAACAUUCAUUGUGAAUCAACUACAAAUGGAUAAUAUUAUUUUGGGCUAUCAACUAGCCAUCACACUACGACAUGAAACGUUGAAAGAUCACUGCGAGAAAUAUAUCAGAUUAUUUACUAAAGAUUCGUUCAAAUCGCAGACAUUUCUCAAUUGUGCUCAAUUUGUUCUGAAACAUAUUCUACAAAUGGACGACUUGCAGUGCGAUGAGACUGACGUAUUCGAUGCAUGUGUGGCAUGGGCAAGGCACAAUUGCAAGGAAAAAGGUUUGGAUGAAAACGAAAUGGAAAAUUUGAGAAAGCAAUUGGGCGAUUGUUUCUAUUUAAUUCGAAUACCGGCUGAUAAACUCACAGUAAAACUACAUCCGAACACCGACAAUGAGAAAUAUUUUGCAGUGUCCAUGGCAAAUUUCAAAGGAUUGUUGAAUCGUGAUAUGUCUUUGCCAAUAAGUGAAAAUCAUCGAACAUUAUUGUCCAGCAAAGGUAUUUGUUUGUUCAAUAAUUCUCUUUUGAAAGAUGGUCAAUAUACAUAUGCUAUCAAAAUUGCAGCGAUUCUCUUAGACAGCUGA